UUUUGAUGACAUUCUACUCCAGUCACAAUCAGCCAACAAUGUGUUGGUAGCUCUUAAAUACCCAAGGAAUUUAUUUAAACUUAGAAUCCACCUAUGUGUUUAUAGUCACCCUUAUCAAAUCUGAAUUAUAGCGACCUAUUGAUGGUGAAGAAUAAUUGAGGUUAUACUUAAGAUAAUGGUAGGGAAGUUUAAAUUAUAAUCAUGAUUUUUUGGAGCUUUAAAUUAAAACAUCUCAAUAUUCUAAGAACAAUACGUUUUUAUAGCCAAAAAGUAAAUGUUGGAGAAGUAAAUAUACCGUGUUCAAAUGGCCGCAACAUAACUAUAUCAACCGGUCAAUAUGCCCGAUUGGCGGAUGGUUGUGCAGUGGCAAGCUUAGGAGACACAUCAGUUAUGGUUACGAUAGUUUCUAAACCAAAACCAACAGCCAGCGGUUUUUUGCCGCUUGUUGUUGAUUACAGACAAAAAUCUGCUGCAGCAGGUAGAAUUCCUACCAACUAUUUUCGUAGAGAACUAGGACCAACUGAAAAAGAAAUACUCACCUCUAGAUUAAUUGAUAGAAGUUUGAGACCACUGUUUCCAGAAAAUUAUAAUUAUGACACUCAAGUUGUGUGUAAUAUGCUUGCCGUAGAUGGCAUCAAUAGCCCUGAUAUAUUAGCUAUUAAUGCAGCAUCUGCAGCUUUAUCUAUAAGUGAUAUUCCAUGGAAAGGCCCCAUAGGGGCUGUAAGAGUGGGUUUAAUCAACAAUGAGUUGGUAAUAAAUCCUACAAGAAAGGAACUACAAGAAUCUUCAUUGAAUUUAGUUGUAUCUGCAAUGAGAAAACAUUUAGUUGUCAUGUUGGAAGGCAAUGCAGAUAUGGUUUUGCUACAAGAUUUGCAGAAAGCUAUCAAAGCUGCUACAAAGGAAAUACAGAUUAUAAUCACACACAUAGAAACACUUCAAAAACUAUGUGGAAAACCAAAACGAGAUGUAGAUGUGUCUUCAGUAGAAUUGUCUGAAGAGAUAGCUGAGGCAUUGCGAACUCUUUCAGAGAUGCGGGUCAAAGAAAUAUUUCAAAAUUACACUUAUGAUAAACUUGGUCGAGAUAAUGCAUUAAGUGAAAUAAGAACAGAUGUCAUGGAUAAAAUUAAAUCUAGUUUCCAUGACAUUGAUCUCACUUUGGUUAAUGAAUACUAUAAUAAGAUGGUUAAACAAGUAUUUAGAGAUUUGAUAUUUCAACAGGAAAAAAGGUGUGAUGGUAGAGAUUACAAUCAAUUGAGAGAUAUUUCUUGUAAAGUUAACAUGUAUAAACCGCUGCAUGGAUCUGCUGUAUUUCAAAGAGGGCAAACACAAGUUUUUUGCACUGUAACAUUAGACUCACAUGAUAGUGCACUAAAACUGGACCCUCUUAGUAUGUUGGCUAGUGGAAUUAAAGAAAAAAACUUUUUCUUACAUUAUGAAUUUCCUCCUUUUGCCACCAAAGAAACGGGAAAAAUUGGUCCAAUAGGUCGGAGGGAGAUGGGGCAUGGUGCCUUAGCUGAAAAAGCUUUAAAUCCAGUGGUUCCAUCAGAUUUUCCUUUUACAAUAAGACUGACUUCAGAAGUUUUGGAAUCAAAUGGUUCAAGUUCAAUGGCAACUGUUUGUGGUGGAAGUUUGGCUCUUAUGGAUGCAGGUGUACCAAUAUCCACUCCUGUAGCAGGGGUAGCCAUAGGUCUUGUUACUAAAUAUCAUCUAAAAACAAACACCAUUGAAGACUACAGAAUUUUAACAGAUAUUCUUGGUAUUGAGGAUUAUAUGGGUGAUAUGGACUUUAAAAUCGCGGGGAAUAAAAAGGGUAUAACUGCUUUACAAGCGGACAUAAAAAUUCCGGGAUUACCUUUAAAAAUAGUGAUGGAAGCAUUACAAAAUGCAGCUGAAGCCAAAACGAAAAUUCUCCAACACAUGCAUAGUUGUAUAGAAAAACCAAGGACAGAACCCAAAGAUAAUUGGCCGGUAUCUAAAAAAUUAGAAGUUGAAGCUCACAAAAGAUCUAGACUUGUUGGCAUAGGUGGAGUUAAUUUGAAAAAGUUAUUUGCUGAAACUGGUGUACAUGUAUCUCAAAUUGAUGAUUUGACUUUUGAAGUAUUUGCUCCUAGUCAAAGUGCAAUGGAUGAAGCAGAAGAUAUCAUCCAAAAGUUAUUAACAACUGAAAGAGCUCCAGAUUUGGAAUUUGGAGGGAUUUAUAAAGCUACUAUUGUAGAAAUCAGAGAUAUAGGUGUGAUGGUUACUUUAUAUCCUGGUAUGCCACCUGCUUUGUUACACAAUUCCCAGUUAGACCAAAGAAAAAUUGGUCAUCCAUCUGCUUUAGGUCUUGAAGUAGGUCAAGAGUUACAAGUGAAGUACUUCGGGAGAGACCCAGUAUCUGGAUUGAUGAGACUAUCUAGGAAAGUACUUCAAGCUAGCGCGCGGUGAUAAAAGUGAACAUAGAAUCAAUUUUUAUUUUUAUAUAAAUGUUAAUCUUAAAUAGCUCUGCUAUCGACUUGUUUCUUGUUAAUGAUCAAUAUAAGAUGUUUUAUAUGAAGUUGUAUUUGUACAUAUUGGAUUUAAUUUGUUAGUUUUAAUUAUGAUUUUCAUUAAACCAUACUAUCCUUUUUUAUA